CCUCAUCCUUUGUUUUUUAAGAGGAUCAAUGACAUCAGGAUGGCAUCAGGGUACAGUGUGUUCAACUGUAGCUGAUCAGUCCAGUACAGGCUCAGAAGGCUUUACCACAAGUUGGACACAAGCAGUCCAUUAGAACAUUUGGGUUGGAGGUGUCUCUGGAUUUAUGCAGCUCACAUUUCCUUUGCUCUACUGUGAUUCGGCUUUGUUCAUAGAGUACAGCGGCGUCUUUGAUGCGGACAUGCCAUGAUGGAUAGUCUUGUGCCAGCAUCUCCUAUGUCUUACAAUUAGUACUGAAGUUCUUCAGAGAGACCUUGAGAGUGUCCUUGUACCACUUCUUCUGACCACUGUAUGAGAGCUUGCCUUGUGCAAGUUCUCUGUACAAUAGUCUUUUACAUAAGCAUGCAUUUGGCCUUCAGGCUUCAUGACCAACCCAUCGGAGUUGUGGUCUCUGAAGUAGAGUUUGAAAGCUUGGCAUUUCAGCUCAAGAGGGGACCUCAGUGUCCAGUGCCCUUAUCUUAUCAGGUUAUCUUCAGAAUCUUCUAAUUCAAUUCAAGUGGAAGUUCACUUUGCUGGCACCUUGUUCAUGGACUAUCCAGGUUUCACAGGCAUACAACAGUGAAGUUGGCAUAAUGGCUCUGUAGACCUUCAGUUUGAUAUGUAGCCUAUUACCUUUUCUGUUCUACAUUUUCCUUUGGAGCCUCCCAAGCAGUGAGCUACCUCUGGCAGUGUGUGCAUCAACCUCAUCAUCUAUGUGGACAUCCCUAGAAAGUAUAUUGCCAAGGAUCAACACCAGAAUUACGUGAGAGAAAAAAGUCAAGCAGUCUUGAAAAUGAGCAAACAGCUCUACAAACUCUGCCAGAGAAAACCAGAGAUAUUCCACCUAUGAGGAGGUCUCCCAAAUAUGUAUUAUUUCAGCGUUUUGCAAAGCUUUUCUUGGGCUGUCUUGCAGCGGUUACUAGUGGUAUGACAUAUGCACUAUAUUUGUCAACAUAUCAUGAACGGAGAUUCUGGUUUUCCAGCAGACAGGAGCUUGAACGGGAAAUCACAUUUCAGGGUGACAGUGCCAUUUAUUACUCCUUUUAUAAAGAAAUGUUAAAGGCUCCUUCAUUUGAAAGAGGUGUUUAUGAGCUUACACACAACAACAAAACUGUAUCACUGAAGACUAUAAACGCAGUGCAACAAAUGACUUUGUAUCCAGAACUGAUUGCCAGCGUACUAUAUCAAGCAACUGGUAGUGAAGAGGUUAUCGAGCCAGUAUAUUUCUACAUUGGUAUAGUUUUUGGAUUGCAGGGAAUUUAUGUGACUGCAUUGUUUGUUACAAGCUGGGUUAUGAGUGGAACUUGGCUAGCAGGAAUGCUUACUGUUGCAUGGUUCAUUAUUAAUAGGGUAGAUACAACAAGAAUCGAAUAUUCCAUUCCUUUAAGAGAAAACUGGGCACUACCAUAUUUUGCAUGUCAAGUUGCUGCUCUUACAGGCUAUUUGAAAAACAACAUAAAUACUUCUGUAGAGAGAUUUUGCUACUUGUUGGUGAGUGCGUCAACGUAUACUUUCAUGAUGAUGUGGGAAUACAGCCACUAUCUCCUGUUUCUUCAAGCAAUCUCCUUAUUCCUCCUAGACUCCUUUUCCCUCAUGCAAGCAGAUAAGGUUCAUGAAGUGUACAGAAUCUAUUUGUUGUCCCUCUUCCUGGGAUAUUUAUUACAGUUUGAAAAUCCAGCUUUAUUGGUAUCUCCUUUAUUAAGCUUAGUAGCUUCCUUAAUGCUUGCUAAAUGCCUACAGCUGAAUGUGAAAAAAGGAACUCGUAUAGCCAGAAUGAUGAAAGUGAUGUAUUUUUAUUUGAUAUUUACACUAACAGUGAUGCUGAAUGUCGUAAUGAAGACAUUUGUUCCACACAAAGAAAAUGGGCAUAUGUUACAGUUCCUUGAGGCAAAAUUUGGACUAAAUAUGACUAAGAAUUUUACAAUGAAUUGGCUCCUUUGUCAAGAAUCCCUGCAGGCUCCAUCUCAGGAUUUUUUUUUGCGAUUGACACAGUCAUCUUUAUUGCCUUUUUAUAUUUUAGUUUUAAUUAUUUGCCUUUUUUCUGUGAUACAAGCUAUUUUUAGGAGAAUCAAUGGCAAACCCCUAAAAGAAAUAGUUACCCUUGAAGAUGGUCGAAUUGGAGAAAGACCAGAAAUAGUUUAUCAUGUAAUUCACACUAUUUUACUGGGUUCUCUUGCAAUGGUGUUAGAAGGCAUGAAAUAUCUUUGGACUCCUUAUGUGUGCAUGCUUGCAGCAUUUGGUGUAUGUUCUCCUGAACUUUGGAUGACCCUUUUCAAGUGGCUUCGAUUGAGGACUGUACACCCAAUAUUUUUGGCUCUUAUUCUGAGCAUGGCUGUACCUACUAUUAUAGGUUUUAGCUUAUGGAAGGAGUUUUUUCCAAGAAUAAUGACAGAACUUUCAGAACUACAGGAAUUCUAUGACCCAGAUACAGUGGAACUUAUGACCUGGAUAAAAAGGCAGGCUCCAGUUGCAGCUGUGUUUGCAGGGAGUCCACAAUUGAUGGGUGUGAUUAAGUUAUGCACUGGAUGGAUGGUGACCAAUUUGCCUCUUUACAAUGAUGAAGACCUUCUGAAGAGAAAUGAAAAUAUCUAUCAAAUCUACUCAAAGAGGUCUGCUGAAGAUAUUUAUAAGAUACUUACAUCCUACAAAGCUAACUACUUGAUUGUGGAAGAUGCCAUCUGCAAUGAGGUGGGAACCAUGAGAGGGUGUAGAGUUAAAGACUUAUUGGAUAUUGCAAAUGGCCAUGUGGUUUGUGAAGAAGGUGACAAUUUUACCUACUCAAAAUAUGGACGAUUUUGCCAUGAGAUCAAAAUUAACUAUUCUCCAUAUGUGAAUUAUUUCACUAGAGUGUACUGGAAUAGAUCCUACUUUGUAUAUAAAAUCAACACUGUGAUAUCUUUCCAGUCCUGAAGCAUAGCAAAGCCUUCUUUUCAAAGACUGACAUGACAUGAAGAGAAAUGGAAUGCUAUUUUCCUACUUAUGUAUUCUUUUGCAAAUCAAAGUUUGGACAUUUGAAAUUAGUUUUUUUCUUUUCCCCUUGCUUUGUUCCCAGACCCAGACUUUAUAGGCAAUAUAACAUCAGAACUUAUGGUGUUGAUAAUGUAUCAAAUAUUGCAGUUUUUAAUUUACCAGCAACAUAUCUUUCAUUUGCAUUGGUCUUUCCAUAUUUUACCUCCUAAAAUAUUAUCACAUCUUCCCUGUGGAUGUUUAUCUAAAUAAAGUAUAUUAGAACCCCAUUAUCACAUGGAUUUGAAUAUACUGGAGGUCAAAACAUAAUUACAUGCAGUGAAACCUUAACACAGCACAGUUGGUCUAUAAGGGAAUUAUUCUUGUACUGUAUACCAUGGUAUAUGACUUUACUAAUCCUUACAAUAAAAAGUUAAGGAAAACAGUAGAUGUAAAAAUAAAUAGUGUAGUUCUAAAUGGGCAUUAUACAAAGGGAAGUAGUUUUUUAAAUGACACGAGCUUUGUUUUUUCUAGUGUCCAAAAUCAAAAUAUUUAUGAUAUUCAUACAAAUAGUUUGGUUUUUUCCUUAAAUAUUGCCUGUGAGUACAUUACUUUCUCAAUAUAUCCAUGCAUAAUAUAACAUUUUAAUUCUGUAUUAUUAUUAUGUAGUUAACUUUUGUCACAGUGAAGUGAUCAUACCUUUGAUACCAGUUUGAUCAUGAUAAAAAUAAUUAUUGGUGCCUACAUUUUUAAUAUACAUUUCAAAGACCAUUACCAUAUAUUUAAAAAUAUAAAUAUUAGAAAUAAAACCUGCUUGGAUGUUUCUUGUCAGAAUUUUUAACGCAACUUAAUCCAUUGCCAGCUACUAUAGUAGUACAAAUAAUUUUGUCUUAACUUUUUGUCUCCGUUAAAGAAAGUUGAAGCUCCUAAAUUUAACCUGACCUAAAAUAAGACUGCAUAUGCAUUAGAAAGACUUAAAAUUACUUAUGAUCUCUGCUCUUAACCACAUCUAUGCACUCAGUGGUUACUUUAAAAAAAAAAACUCCAAAUAAAUUCUUUGUCAUUUAACAAGCUUUCCUACAAACAUCAAUACUGAAAACUAAGUGGUAAUUUUAAUCAGCUUUAUAGAUUUAUCAUUUUUAGAGUUUAGAAGUCUUCUUGUAGUCUUUUUAAGUUUGUUAUAUUUCAGUUGCUUACAGUAUUUGCUAGAACAUCAAAAUGUUUUAUGAGCAAUGGCAACCUGUAGAUAUAUUAUGUUCAGGAUGUAGAGAAGUUUUUUCCUCAUACUCUUGCACAAAAUUUUUUCAGUGUUUAGUUAUUAAGAGUGCUAAAAUUACAUCACUACCAUUAAAUACAUUACAAGGAAAAAUCAUUCUGUCUUCAUUAUGCAUGAAUGUAUUUUUGAAAAAUCAUGUAUUCUUUUCUGCCUGUCAUGCUGAGUGCAUUCAAUAUUGAUGGAGUUGUCAUGAACAGAGUAUCAGUUUCAUUAGUCUUCAUUUUCACAUGUAUAAUUAUAAUUAUAGUAAAGCUAUUCAGGUGGUAUAUUUUAGUUUAACUGUUUUACUUCUUUGGUAGUGAGUUGCUAGUCUUUCGGUUUGUACCUUCUGACACUAUUGAACUUUUUAACUGGACAAAUAUUAUGUAUCAUGCUUCACUGCACAAGAGGGUCAGAUUAUUUAGUAAAAAUUCUAUAAUAGUAUAUGUGUUGAGGAAUAAAAGCAAUCUAUAUCUCUCUAUUAGAGAAAGAAUAAAAACUAUAAUAGGAAAUUGGCCUCCCAGUAGAUAAUAUUUGAAAAAUAUUAUCUAUCAUGCUUUACUGCACAAGAGUGUCAGAUUAUAUCUUAAAAGCAAUCUAUGUCUUUCUAUUAGAGGAAGAAUAAAAACAAUAAUAGGAAAUUGGCCUCCCAAUGUAACAUCAAAAAAUUAGCUUUUCAUUGAUCUAUUCAUUGAUUUCAUUGAUUAUCAUUGAUCGUAUUAUCUCAUGUUACACUGAGUGGGUUUGAGGUCUUUUUAAAAAUUGUAAUAAAAAUUUUCUUCGACUUCACUAA